AUACUCAGUUUUUCUGAAUUAUUUUCCAUUGUUCCCAAUACGAAGAUCGUUGUAUUAUAUAAAAAAUGAAAUAAAAUACAAUUCAAAACUACGCAUAGACAGUUGGAUAGUUUCUCGGUGUUUCCUUGCAUUGGUUCUUACCUUUCUGACUGACAGUAACCGCAAUGCCUGUUCAUACAACGCGGUUUACGUAUUUUUCUUAAUAAUCGGGAAAUGCUGUGCCCAGAAGUGUGGGACUUUAAAGCCCCGCAGCACUACUUCAAGGUCGAUCAAUCGGAUUGUUUAACAAAGAACGUGACGGGCGUGAUUAAAAAACACUAUUUCAACCACUCGGUAUCCGUCGUCAUUCCCGAUACAGUUAAUUUACCACCGCAUUAUUUCGAAUCGUUUAACGAAGACAACGAUUACUACAGGGUCAACAAUCUAUCAGCAUCCGAGCUGGUUGACAAAGAAUUCAUCGAGGCCUUUGUCAAAAACGGUGAGGUCAGUUUGCUGGCUAUAGAGAGCCACAUCGACACCCAGAAUUCACUCGCUGUAACUCCGUCUGGCCAUUUGAUACUUUCUUUGGUUAAAGAAGAUUUCCAAGCGCUCGGUAUUGAGGGAAGACCUUCGUUCUUCGACCGUAAUAUCAAAAAUCGCUUCGUCGUGACUAUUGAUUUGAAAGAAGAAAGUUUUACACCAGGCAAGAAGAACUAUGAACACGUCAGGAAGUCAUUGACAAAUAAUCUUCAUCAGAGGUUCGACGUUGUAUUGGCUUGGGAUCCUCCAGACAAAAAAUUGUGUCCAUCAUCAAUAGCUGCAUGGUUUGACAAGCGCGGGUACAAAGUUAAGCUUUGCCGUCAAAAGAAAGUUGACCAAUGCGAGUAUUCCAUAAAAAUCCCCAUCAUCAACAGCGGCACAAAUCAUGCAAAGCUCUUUGAAUGGCUGGGUGUUUUGAGUAUUGGCGGUGAUUUAAAGAACAGUGCAGAAAAUUAUUAUUUGAAUAGCUAUAAGUGUCCAGAGCCGUGGACAGAAGUUGGACAAGUGCGCUGUAUCAGAUGGACAGGUUUUAUAACUCAGAAACAAAUCGAAACAGUAUUUGAUGAGUUAAAAAGCUACGUCAAAACAAGAGAAACCAUACCUUGGGUCAGUAUAGACGUGCAAGGAUUUUCGGACAGCCCUACAAGCUGGGAAUUAAAAGAGCACAAUUUUUUCAUUGAUGGGGACAAUAGCUACGCUAUUUUUUUAAAGCCAAAUGGAGAAUAUGUACUAAGAACAAGUUUAAGCUCUAACAAUAAACCAAGAAUAUUUCAGUAAACGAUUUUUUCACUAUCAUAGCUCUGCCCCUGACCUCAGAAUUAUC